GAGGACAGAGGUCCGAGCCACGGCAACAGGAUGGAGAUGUCGAUCUUCUACGUCAUCUACUUUGUCGUCUUCCCGUUCUUUUUCGUCAACAUUUUUGUGGCUCUCAUCAUCAUCACCUUCCAGGAGCAGGGAGAUAAGAUGAUGGAGGAGUGCAGCCUGGAGAAGAAUGAGAGGGCAUGCAUAGACUUCGCCAUCAGCGCCAAGCCCCUGACCCGAUACAUGCCGCAGAACCGGCACACGUUCCAGUACCGUUUGUGGCAUUUCGUCGUGUCGCCUUCGUUCGAGUACACCGUCCUGGCCAUGAUCGCGCUCAACACUAUCGUCCUGAUGAUGAAGGUGAGGAAAAGGAGGAAACGACAGGAAAGAAAUCAGAGAACUUAUUAAAUUUUGCAUUUUUUAAUGAGAGCAGAGCAUUAGAUUAGUGAUAAAUGAAAGCAGAAGGACUAUUAUCUGCCUCACGUCUUUCCUUUCUCUGCACUGACUAGUCUGGUGUGUUAUUUUCCACACAUCCGUCUGAUAGGAGAGCACACCUUGCAUCA